AGAGCCUCCCAUAGAGGAUAUCAGUUUCCCGUUAGAAGUGACAUUUAUUGGCGAGGAGGCUGCCAAUUACGGAGGACCUCGCAAAGAAUUUUUGGGGGCUGUCACAAGAGAAGUUCGUGAACAACUCUUCCAAGAAUCCGGAAGUCAAGAUGGAGAGUACGAACUGACGAACGAUGUGGCACCCUUAAGACAGCACUAUUAUUAUGGAGCUGGUCCAAUAUUCGGUAAAUACGAAUGACUAUGACAUGUAUGAUUUUUUACUAGUAUUUGCAUAUUUUUUGAGUUGUAUUCAAUGUCUCAGGCUACAAAUAUAUAUGAGCUGGGGAACUGAAAGAUCUAAAAGUGUCAAACUACAAAAGUAGAUAAAUUUUCAAGUCGCAGCUGCCAAUGGAAUAAAGAAACCAUUAACUAAGCCUUAUUUUUCGCAUUUUGUCCCAUGAUUGUUCAUCAGUUAAAUUACUAAAAACAUAUCAAAACCACAUAAGUGUUGACUGAAUGUUCUCUUCACUUCCAGGGUUCAGUAUGCUACAGGGUGGACCGUUGCCCUGUUUUCUAAAAGAGGAACAGCUCCAAACGCUUCUUAACGGACAGUACGCUUCGCUAAGAGAGUCGGAAAGACAGUUCCAAUCAGGACUGGCAAAAUUUGGCCUAAUUGAGCUGGUCAAUAGAAAACCAUGCUUCAUAUUUCUGCUGCGGAAAACUGCAGUGCGGCCUUUGAUGUACCCCCGUGUUGUCAAACUGCUUCAUGCGCAUUUCUCUGUAGAAGGCAGUAACAGCCGGGCAGAGGAAGAGAAAGUAUACAGAACCUUCAUAAAUUACCUAAGGGAAGUUUCAGGUAAGUAGACGAUGUCACAUGUAAAUGGUAGAGUGUGAAAAUA